ACUAUGUCACGUGUUUUUGUGCUGUCAGCGAGUCAGCGCGGUUUUAGUUGCGGGCUGGCGGGCGAGCUUCGUCCGCGUACUCUGGGCUCGGCAUGAGCCGCUUCUGGAGGCUGCUGCGCUCGGUGAAGCUGUUCUUUUCAGGGCCAGAGAAACAGUAUGUGGGCACCGACCCCUUCGGGAACAUGUAUUAUCGGAUGCCGCAGCACGAAACGUGGGCAGGACAGAUCAUAAAGGAGAGAAGAUUUAUGGAAAAUGUAGGCAUGAAGGAGUACCAGUACAAAGAAGGGAACAUUCCAACAGAAUGGGAAGCUUGGAUUAGGAAAAAAAGAAAAGAUCCACCAACAAUUGAGGAAAUUCUUAAGAAUUUGGAUUAUAAAGAUGACCUAAAGAGGAAGAUUAAUGAGCUUGAGGAGAAUGAAAAACUCUUGCGGGCGAAAGAUCAUGAAGAGGAAUGUGCGGCAGAACCACUUCAAAUUCAGGUAAAAGGCCAUGCAUCCUCCCACCACUAUGGAAAGAAUGAACCCUCAGAAGAACCAGUCAGUACAGCAAAUACCUUUCAGCCAGGAGCCUGGAUGCCAUCUAAGGACAGUGCCCGUAAUAAAUAAGAGGCGAGAUGCAAAGUAUUGGGAAUAAGAUGGACAUGCUAAUAAGUUCUGUAAGUGAAAAAGAUAUUUUCUUGAAUAUUUUUCCUUUAGUACAGGUAUGCCCUUGAAAAGUCCAGUAACAUUUUUAGAGAUAUGCUUAGCUCAGAAUUCUUGGACAUUGCUUGUGGAAAUGACUUGGUGUCAAUGGAAGCAAAGCUGGUGUUAAAAGAUAUUAUGAUUAAAUAUUUGUCUUCCUAAAACCA